AUGCAAUGCUGCUGCUGGGCAGCUGUCAGUAUUGCCGAGGCUCUGAAGGCGGACGAUACCCUGUCCCUGAGUCGGGUGGACAGCAGGUGGCGUGCUGAGUUGGGGCAGCCGAGCGUUUGGCAAAGAUACCUCAACGGGUCGCCUGAGCUGCUUGCUCGGAAUGUGCUCGCGGACAAUAACGCUGGUGCGCUAUUCGUCGGGCCGUCUGUGCACCCCGAGAACUACCGGGCGAUAGUCGCUGCCUUGCGGCAGCCUGGCUGGUUCCGGCAUUAUCAAGGAAUGAAAAGGCUUGUGAGCUCGGGUCAGCUGAAAGAGCAGCUUGGGGGGCCAGAUGGGGUCAUCAAAGAGCUCAGACGAAGCCUUCGUGCCCAGGCACUCGGCAGGCAGCUGCAGGCUGGCUUCGCUGCCUGCGAAGCGCGCACAUCACGAACACCACCAGCAAAGAGGACAACUUCCGAAACAUACACGCCGCGAACACCGCCAAGGAAGAGGCGAGCGGACGCCGCGACGCCACCGAAAUGUCGUCAAGUUCGGCCACGAGCCCCAAGCGCGAAGAGCACGCCGAAGGCUCCAAAGAAAGUGCCGACGCCAAAGCAAUCUGUUACGACACAAAGCCGACCGAAGCGAGGGCCGGCCACAACUCAGCCGGGCGAGGCGUGCACUGCUCGGCCAACCCUUCCAUGCCGGAAUCGCUCGAGCUCCUCCUCGUCUUCGUCUUCUUCCUCGUCUUCCUCGGAGAGUUCUUCUCCGAAGAGCAUCCCUCCAAAAAGAAGCUGCAGUUCACGUGGCAAUUCGUUGCCGCGGACACCUCCCCGCCGAGUCCCUCUGUCAAGACAGCGCGACCUUACGCCGGAGCGACCGGCGUGCAAGCAAUCGAAGCGCUGUUUGCCAGAUGGAAGCGAAUACGAAGGAGAAAUGAAGGAUGGUCGCCCUGAUGGUUUUGGGCGUCUUCGCCUUGCAGAUGGACUCCAUUACAAGGGAGACUUCCGUCUUGGACGCUUUGAGGGUCGAGGGGUCCUGGAAAAGAAGAACGCAUCGUACUGGGGCGAGUUCAAGGAUGGAAGGCGUCACGGACGGGGAUGUGUUCGGCUGCCUGAUGGACGGGUUCUCACAUGCAACUUUGUGCAGGGGCAGGCCCAGGGCCAUGGCACUCUCCGGAUGCCAGACGGCACCACUCUCUUCGAAGGUGACUUGAGUGACCUGAAAAGAAACGUACACCGCGGUGUACUGAGCGGGCAAGGGUCCGCACUCUUGGGGACGCAAGGAAAGUGA